AUGUUGAAAAAUUACUCUAGCACCACGGAAUUUUAUCUCCUUGGUUUCCCUGGCUCUAAAGAACUACGUGAUAUUCUUUUUGCCACUUUCUUUUCCUUUUACUUGGUGACAAUGGUGGGAAAUAUCCUCAUUAUUGUGGUUGUCUGUGUUGAUAAACGUCUGCAGACCCCCAUGUAUUUCUUCCUGGGUCACCUCUCUGUCCUAGAGAUGCUGACCACAACCGUGACUGUCCCCUUGAUGCUCUGGGGUCUGCUACUUCCUGGGAUGCAGGCAAUAUCCUUGACUGCCUGUUGUGUACAACUGUAUCUGUACCUGUCUUUGGGAAUAUCGGAGUUCAUAUUAUUUGCUGCGAUGGCUGUGGACCGUUAUGUGGCUGUCUGUAACCCUCUGCGGUACAUCAUCAUUAUGAACAGCCACACCUGUCUCUGGGUGGUAGUUGUGUCCUGGGUAUUUGGCUUCCUGUUUGAAAUCUGGCCAGUCUAUGCCACGUUUCAUCUUACUUUCUGCAAAUCAAAUGUGCUAGAUCAUUUUUACUGUGACCGAGGACAGCUAUUCAAGCUAUCAUGUGAUAAUAGCUUUUUCACUGAAUUUAUUCUUUUUUUAAUGGCCGUUUUUGUACUUUUUGGUUCUUUGAUCCCUACAAUUGUCUCCUACACCUACAUCAUCUCCACCAUCCUCAAGAUCCCUUCAGGAUCUGGCCGCUGGAAAGCCUUCUCUACAUGUGCCUCGCACUUCACCUGUGUCGUGAUCGGCUACAGCAGCUGUUUGUUCCUCUAUGUGAAACCCAAGCAAACGCAGGCCGCUGAGUACAACAGGGUAGCAUCACUGAUGGUGGUAGUGGUGAAUCCUUUUCUGAACCCUUUUAUCUUCACCCUCCGAAAUGACAAAUUCAUAGAGGUGUUUCGAGAUGCCAUGAAAAGCUGCUAUCGACUCCUCAAGGCUUAG